AUGUCAAGCAGAGCGCCUCCCGUAGGAAUCGACUUGGGGACAACGUUCUCGUGCGUUGGCGUCUUCCAAGCUGGGAAAGUGGAAAUCAUCGCGAAUGAACAAGGCAGCCGCACAACACCGAGUUAUAUUGCGUUUACGGAAACCGAGAGACUCUUAGGAGAGGCAGCCAAGAAUCAGGCCGCGAUGAACCCUACGAACACGAUUUUCGACACGAAGCGCAUGGUGGGUCGGCGCUUCGACGACGCGGUGCUGCAGGCGGACCGCAAGUUGUGGCCGUUCGCCGUGGUGGACGAGGGCGGCCGGCCGUUGGUGCAGGUGAUGUACCGCGGCGAGACGAAGCGCUUCUCGCCCGAGGAGCUGAGCGGCAUGCUGCUGGGCAAGAUGCGCGACACGGCCGAGAGCUACCUGGGCGCCCCGGUGCGCGACGCCGUCGUCACCGUGCCCGCCUACUUCAACGACUCGCAGCGACAGGCGACGAAGGACGCGGGUGCGAUCGCGGGGCUGAACGUGCUGCGCAUCAUCAACGAGCCGACGGCGGCAGCGCUGGCGUAUGGCCUGGACAAGGGGUUGAGGGGCGAGCGCAACGUGCUCAUCUUCGACCUGGGUGGCGGCACGUUCGACGUGUCGGUGCUCACGAUCGACGAGGGCUCGCUGUUCGAGGUGCGCUCGACGGCGGGCGACACGCACCUCGGCGGCGAGGACUUCGACAACCGGCUGGUGGGGUACCUGGCCGAGGAGUUCCGCCGCAAGUUCAAGCGCGACGUGAACGAGAACCCGCGCGCGCUGCGCCGCCUGCGCACCGCCGCCGAGCGCGCCAAGCGCGAGCUGUCCGCCACCACCGAGUCCACCAUACAGGUGGACGCGCUGAUGGACGGCAUCGACUUCUACACGAAGAUCUCGCGCGCGCGCUUCGAGGAGCUGUGUAUGGACCUGUUCCGGUCGACGCUGCCACUGGUCGAGAAGGCGCUGGCGGACGCGCACCUCAGCAAGGCGGCGGUGCACGACGUCGUGCUGGUCGGCGGGUCGACGCGCAUCCCGCGCGUGCAGUCCAUGCUGCGCGACAUGUUCAACGGCAAGCAGCUCUAUGCCUCCAUCAACCCGGACGAGGCCGUCGCCUACGGUGCGGCCGUCCAGGCGGCCAUCAUCAGCGGGGACAAGAGCGCCAACCUGCAGGAGGUGCUGCUGGUGGACGUGACGCCGCUGUCCCUGGGCAUCGAGACGGCCGGCGGCAUCAUGACGGCCGUCGUCGAGCGCAACACGCGCGUCCCCUGCUCGCUCACCAAAACCUUCUCCACCUACGCCGACAACCAGCCCGCCGUCACCGUGCAGAUAUUCGAAGGCGAGCGCGCGCUCACCAAGGACAACAACCUGCUGGGCACUUUCGACCUAGUGGGCAUCCCGCCCGCGCCCCGCGGUGUGCCGCGCAUCGACGUCAACUUCGACAUCGACGCCAAUGGCAUCCUCAACGUGUCGGCCCGAGACGCUAGCACUGGACGCUCGCAGGCGAUCACGAUCCGGAACGACAGCGGCCGGCUGACGCGCGACCAGAUCGAGCGCAUGGUGGCGGACGCGGAGCGAUUCCGCGCGCAGGACGCGGUGGCGCGCGAGCGCGUGAACGAGCGCCACCGGCUGGAGGACUACGCGCUGGCAGUGAAGCGCGCACUCGACGAGGUGGGCAGCCGGCUGGGCGACGAGGGGGCGCGGCAGCGCGCCACGGCCGCCUGCGACGAGGCGCUCAUGUGGCUGGACGCCGUGCCCGACGCCAGCAAGGACGACGUCCAGCGCCGCUUCAGGGAGCUGCAGGCCGUCUGCAUGCCCGUCAUGACGCGCCUGCACCAGACUGGCCGCAACACGGGGCCCACCAUCGAGGAGGUCGAAUAG